AUGUAUGAUAUCUGCGUUGAAGACUUCAUGGUGCGAGACGUGAAGUACAUAUGGGAUCGCAUGACUUAUCAGCAGCUUAAAGAUCUGCUCAAAGAGAAUAAGACGAUCAAGAGCUUCCCGCUAGUGGACCGUCCGUCGUCAAUGGUACUACUGGGAUCCAUCCACCGUUGGGAGCUGGUGAAGGCCAUCGAGCGUCAAGUGGGUCGUGACCGUCGCCUACAAGUCGCCGCGCUCUGGCACCAGCAGGCCAAGCGCCGCCGCGAGGAGAGGAGGCCCUCCAGGUUCCAGGUACAACCCGCACCGGACAUGUUGCGGCCCGCGUCUUCGCUCACUGAUCACCACCAAGCUUCACUCAUACCCGCACCUGGGGAGCUAUUCCGGCCGAAGUCUAUUCUGAAGAAAACCAACUCGUUCACGCUGAGCCGUGGACCACGCUCGCCCGCGCCCCCCUCCCCGCACACCGCGCCACCCCAUCCCGUCUACACCACUGUCACCGGUGCAGAGACCAGGUACGCAUUAUGGAUGUUGCGGACGUGGAACGUAUUAACAAACCAAUUUCCAAAAUAA